AUGAAAUACACACUGGUUGUUGUUGCUGUUACCAUGCUUUUCCCUGUUCUCUAUUAUUUCCUAAAAACCGUUCAUUCAGUUUUCUAUCUCCCAUACAAAAUCCAGCGACACUUCCGCAACCAAGGUAUAUCCGGACCCUCUUACCGUCCGAUCUUUGGAAACUCAUCUCAGAUCAAACACCUCUACGCACAAACUAAAUCAGAUGUCACUCAGUUUGAUCACAACUUCUUUAAAAGUGUGGUUCCAUUCUACCACAGGUGGUCUUGCAUGUAUGGGAAAACUUUCCUCUAUUGGUUCGGGUCAACGCCCCGGUUGGCGAUAUCCGACCCGGAUAUGAUCAAGGAAGUGUUGGUUACUAAGUGUGGAGACUAUGGAAAGGUUCCUUAUAAUCCUCAAUCUAAGUUGCUUUUUGGACAAGGACUUGUUGGUUUGGAGGGUCAUCAAUGGAAUUUUCAUAGAAGGAUCAUCAACUUAGCAUUCCACACGGAGAUUCUUAAGGGAUGGGUUCCUGAUAUUGUGGAAAGUGUGAGAAAGAUGCUUGAAAAUUGGGAAAAUCAAAGAGGAGGAAGAGAUGAAUUUGAAAUAGAUGUUCACAGAGAACUUCACGAUCUUUCAGCUGAUGUUAUAUCAAGGACUGCUUUUGGCAGCAGUUUUGAAGAGGGCAAACAUAUUUUCAAAUUACAGGAGCAGCAAAUGCAUCUUUUCUCACAUGCAGUUAGAAGUGUCUAUAUUCCCGGAUUUAAAUAUUUACCAACUAAGAAGAACCGGGAUAGAUGGAGACUAGAUAAAGAGACGCGUGAAUCAAUUUGCAAGCUGAUUGAGAGCAAGAGCAAUGCAAGAGAAAAUACCAAAAGCGUUCUAAAUUCAUUAAUGAGUUCCUACAAGAAUGAAGUUGGUGGAGAAGACAAAUUAGGAUUGGAAGAUAUUAUAGAUGAAUGUAAAACCAUAUACUUUGCUGGAAAGGAUACAACAGCUAACUUAUUGACUUGGGCACUUCUUCUUUUAGCAAAACAUCCAGAAUGGCAAAGUAAGGCGCGUGAAGAAGUUCUUCGUGUCAUUGGACAAAAUCAAAUUCCAGUUGCAGAUAAUUUAAAUGACCUUAAGAUUGUUGGCAUGAUCAUUAGUGAAAUACUUCGACUCUAUCCUCCAGCUCUAAUGUUAAUGAGGAAAACCAAUGAAAAUGUGAUGCUAGGGAGCAUUGAAGUUCCUGUAAAGACUCAACUCUACUUGGCAUUGGCUGCUAUUCAUCAUGACAGAGAAAUCUGGGGAGAAGAUUGUCAUGAAUUUAAUCCAAUGAGAUUUAGUGAACCUCGGAAGCUAGCAGCAUUCUUUCCAUUUGGAUUAGGGUCUAGAACUUGUGUUGGGCAAAAUUUGGCAUUGAUUGAGGCAAAGAUAGCUCUUGCUUUGAUUAUUCAAAGUUAUAGUUUUGUGGUAUCUCCAAGCUAUAUACACGCUCCUAUACUAUUUAUAACUUUGCAGCCUCAACAUGGUGCACAAAUCAUCUUCAGAAGGAUUUCAGGUUGA